ACGGUGCUGGACAAACUCUGCAAGGAGCAGAAAAUAAAAGAAUCGACCCAACACCAGUAUUAACUUUUGUAACGAUACUGUCGAUAUUUGAAUGGAUCCACCCAUCCCUAAUUUGUGGUGAUGGUGAUCGUGGUGUGUAAAUACAGGUGUCGCCGACGGAAGUACCCAGCCUGCUCUGAGUCAACACAGCUCCGUGUCCUGCGGCAUUUGUCAGAUGACUUCAGGUCUCGACCAGAUGUCGAUGCAGAGUGACUGUUCUAUUAUGAAUCCACCUGUGCUUGGCAUGGAGGAUUUUCAGGGUUCACAGACGAGUUCAAUUCCUGACCAGGCAUCGAUGAAGAGUAACAGAUCUAAGGGAGAUCAGCCCACGUUUGACAUCAAAGAGUUUGACAGACCUGCAAAUGAUGAGUCAUGUGGAAACGAGUUCAAAACAACAAACGAAGAGACAAAUGCAGAAAAAGUUGAAGGUGAAAGCAAUCUGUCAAAAGUAAAGCAACGUUUUAAAAGAACCAUGCAAGAGAACAACAUGAUGGUCUUUGAAGGUGAUGAAGACCAAAAGAGUUCCCUGAAUCAUAUUUACACACAACUCCACAUCACCACUGGAGGGAGUGAAGCACCACGUGCAGAACAUGAGUCCAAACAGCUUCGAGCUCAGCUAAAUGAAACUAAACUCCUCAACGAUGAGUUUUCAGUCAACCUCAGCAACAUCUUCAAAUGUUUCCCUGAUCAAGAAAAGUACAGAACUGUUCUGACGAAAGGUGUCGCCGGCAUUGGAAAGUCCUUCAGUGUGAAGAAGUUCACUCUGGACUGGGCCACAGAGGAGGCCAACCAGGACGUUGACUUCAUGUUCACUUUUGCUUUCCGAGAGCUGAAUUUAUGUUCUGGUGAGAAAAGCCUCCAUGAGCUCCUCACCGAGUUCCACCCCGAUCUUCUCCAUCUGACUGCACCUGCUGAUUACGUCAACACCAAGACGAUAGUGAUCCUGGACGGCCUGGACGAGAGCAGACUCCCCCUGGUCUUCAAGGACAAUCAGGUGGUCACAUCUGUCCAUCAAAAGACAUCUGUGGGAAACCUGAUGGUGAAUCUCAUCAAGGGUCACCUUCUUCCCAAUGCAAACAUCUGGAUAACAUCCCGUCCAACAGCAGCCGAUAUGAUCCCUGUGGAGCAUGUUGGACUGAUGACGGAGAUCAGAGGAUUCAAUGACAGUCAAAUCAAAGAGUACUUUCAGAGGCAGUUUGCUCAAGAUCUUGAUCUGGCAACAAGAAUCACAUCACAUAUUCAGUCUUCAGAGAGUCUCCACUUCAUGUGUCAAAUCCCCAUCUUCUGCUGGAUUUCCGCCCUGCUUUUUCAGGAGGUUUUUGGAGAUGAAGAACCUGCAAUUCCCCAAACUCUGACAGAGAUGAUGGCACAUUUUCUGUCUACCCAAACAAGACGUAGAAUGAAAAAGCCUGGUGGGAUGCCUGUGAAGACUGAAGAAAACUUUCUGACCCGACACAGAGAAUUUAUUCUGAAACUUGGCAAACUUGCUUUCCAGCAGCUGCUGAAGAACAGCUUGAUCUUCUAUGAAAAAGACCUUGAAGACUGUGGCAUCGAUAUGAAAGAAGCGUCUGUCUGCUCUGAAUUUUUCAAUACACUUCUUGUGGACGAAAAAAUCAUCCACCAGAACAAAGUCUUCCUCUUCGUUCAUCUGACCGUACAGGAGUUCUUUGCAGCUCUCUACGUCUUCGACUCUUUCUUAAGUGACAAUGUCACAGAGUUGGAUGACUUCCUUCAAAUGAAAGACAGUGAACACACUUUACUGGAUCUUCUGAAGACGACUGUUGACAGAGUGUUGGGAAAGGCGUACGGCCACAUGGACUUCUUCAUGCGCUUCCUGCUUGGCCUCCUAGCAGAGGCCAAUCGAAGAGUCCUUGGAGGUCUGCUGAAGCCACCAGAUCCGAGUGAAGACACUGAGAAGAAAAUCCUGGCUCACCUGAAAUCCAUCCAAAGAGAGAACAUCUCUCCAGAUGGCUGCAUCAACCUUUUCCAGACCAUGGUGGAGAUGAGAGACCACAAAGUCAAAGAUGAGAUUGAGGAAUACCUGAAAGUGCAGGAUCAUUCAGGGACGGAGCUGACUCCGCUGCACUGCUCUGCACUGGCCUACAUGCUGCAGGUGUCAAAGAACGAUCUGGAAGUAUUCGACCUGAAGAGCUACAAGACCUCCGAGGAGGGCCGGAGGAGGCUGAUCCCUGCAGUGAGGAGGAGCCGAAAGGCCUUACUAGCAAACUGUGGAGUGACCACUCAGUGGGUGGAACAUCUGGCCUUUGGACUCAGGUUUCCCCACUCUCCUCUGCAAGAUCUGGACCUGAGCAACAACGACCUGAGAGACUCAGGAGUGCAGGAGUUGUGUAAAGGCCUGGAGAGUCAAUACUGCAGACUGGAAAGGCUCAGCUUAUCGGGCUGCAUGGUGACUAAAGAAGGCUGUGGUCACCUGGUGUCGGCUCUGCGCGCCAACCCGACCUAUCUGAAAGUUCUGGACCUGAGCUACAACAACCCAGAAGAGUCAGGAAUAAUUCAGCUUCAAGAAAUCAAGAAUGAUCCGGAGUUCAAGCUGAGGUAUGACCAUGGAUCGAUUGAACGGAUCAAGCCAGGGCUCAAAAAAUACGCCUGUGAUGUGACUCUGGAUCCCAACACGGUGAGCAAGAACCUGCUGCUGUCCGAGGGGAACAGAAGAGUGAGCUGGGCGGUCGAGCAGCAGACGACAGCAGAACGGAGAUCUGAAGUCUGCCUGAGCCAGCAGAGGCUGAAGGAGCGCUGCUACCUGGAGGUGGACUUGCUGGAGUCCUGCAGCAUUGUGUUGGCAUACGGGAGCGUCAUAGAGAAAAGAGGUGAACGUGAGCUGGGGAGGGACGACGAGGCGUGGUGGUUCACCGUCGAUCAUGGAUGCUGUUACGUUGAACACGGGAGAAACAGGGUCGAAGUUGAAUCUCCCAACUGGCGCUCCAGACGCCUCGGAGUGUAUCUGGACUGGGAAGCUGGUGUUCUGUCCUUCUACAGAGUUUCCUCCGACAGUCUCACCUGCCUCCACACCUUCACAGACACAUUCACACACGCCCUUCAACCCGCCGUCCGACUUCACCCGCACUCCUCCGUCACCUUCAUUUCACCAGAGUGAGCACGGGAGGAACAAGGUGACCUCCUGUCCUGUUCUGUCCAGGAAACACAGUGUCUUCAUCUCCAAGAUUUUGUUUGUAUUCAUUUCGGAGCAGCAAGUUGCCACUCCUAAUUCCGCUGCUUUUUCACUGUUUUUUUUCCCUUUUUUUUUUUUUUUUGUCUUCACCACAUGUCUUCACAACAGACUCCUCCUCAUAUGACUGAACUAAUUCAGUGCUCCCCAGCCUCUUUUGCACCACUGACCAGUCUUAAACAUAUUUUUUUUUUCAAUGGACUAUUGGCAUGGUGUAUACAAACACCUUAAUGAUGCCUUAAAAUACUGCCAGAGUUUAAUGUAGCAGAGAUGACCUGCACAGUUUACUUUGGUGCUGGGGCUUUAUUUUGAUUCAACAGAACAAUUGUCAAACCAAAUGAAGGAGGUAGAAGACAGAAGCAAUUAGAGGACAAAACACAAAAUGGAGACUGAGGCUGCCAGACUGGGGUCCUCAGCAGGUUAGAAAAAAAACAAAACUUGCAGGUUGCACUCGUGGCUCUACCACACUGAUAAUGGAGGUAGAAUUGUUAGAAUCUGCAGUCCAGUGUCAUGGUUAACUCAAGACCUCGUUUGACUGCUGAAAAAAAUCAGAGAGGAAACUGGCCCUGGUCACAUGGGUCCAAACGUCCUGAUCAGCCCAUGUCAGCUCAGUCACCACGGGGUUACCAGGCCCACAGUGGGUCAUCGCUACACAGAACCAGGCGGUGUGUCGAGACGCUGUUUGAGCGCUGCUUGAGCAGAUAUCCAGCAGAUAAAAACACUGAAGACUGCUGACUGUAACGCUGAAGAUCAGGAACUGAAAUGUGAGGAAGAGACCUUCUGCAUGCGUCACAGACACUGUAUAAUCCUCUUCAGCUGGCUCCACCUAUACGAGGAUUGAUUCUGGAUCACUUUAUUUAACGUUCAUGUAUAUAGAGCCUUUGAUAUGAUUUUUUUCAAUUGGAUUGAAAAAAAAUCACCUUGUAAAUGUGAUGUGAUGUCAAUGUGAUGUAAACACGUCACUGAUCUCUAUUCCGCCACUCCCGCAAGUAGAGAUCGUGUUUCACCAAGUCAUGUUGCUGUUUGAAAGAAUAAUGAAAAACUCAUCUGGUUACUUCAGCUGAGACUAAGCUAACAGCGGGCUGACGCCGAUCAUCCAGCUGGCAGAGGUUUGAGAUGUCCUCUUUAUUUAUGAGCACCUUCUUUUCCCCCAUAUAUCUCAAAUAUAAAUGAGUCUGCAUUCAUUUCAAUUAGGACUGGGCGGUAUGGCAAAAAUUUCAUAUCACGGUUUUUUUUUUUAAUUCAUACCGGUAUUUGACGUUUUUUUUUUUUCAUGCAAUAGUGUUGUUAUACACAUUUUCUUCUAAUAAGAAAAUAAUUACUGCAGUUGAUUGGCUUUAAAUGGCCCAUUUCACUGUCAUAAGGACUGUAUCAUGUUUUUUUUUUUCAUGUCCAGAUUGCGUGAUUGCGAUCGUUAUCUCAAUCUGCUGCUUGCUUUUUUUUCCCUCAUCCGCAGUCCCUUUAGCGAACGCAUCUUGAAUGGACGUCUGACUGCUGCUGCAGAUUAAGCUGUGGAUGUGGAGGGUGUGGAUCUUAGUUAAUGACAUUCCUGGUACUCUAAAACGUGUUUUCGGCUAAGGUAGUGAAGCUAAUUGCUAGUGUUAGCACCGCCGGCUACCACUUCUGCUCGACAGCAUUUGCAAAAGAUAGUUGUUUGAUCCACGUCCGACCUUUUAAAGCCGAAAAACUUCCAAACCACAGACGUGGCUCCUCUUUUUGGUAUUAGUUCCUCUGGGUAAACAGCGUGUGCUUCGAGAGCUCUUGCAGGCGUGCAGCAGUGAAAUGGGUCCCUGCUGAAACACUUUACCGCCGCGCACGUUCCGGACAUUGUUUGGGCUGUUCACCGGUAUUGCGGUAUAUGAAAAAUUCAUAUCAUAACGAAAAUAAAAAUCGGUAUUUGGUUCAAACCGGUAUACUGCACAGGCCUAAUUUCAAUAAUGUAAAUCAUGAAUAAUGGACGAUUUUGACUCAAACAAAAAAAAUCCCUUCUACUCAACAUAAAUGCUUAUUUAAAGAAUCUUUUCAAGCACUUUUCUAUUAACUGACAAAGAACUAACAAAUUUCCUUAUCUGUCAUGAUUGAUGUCAACUCAAUCUUGACAAAUAAAUUCAAAAUCAGUCAGUCACUAAUAUAAAGCACUUUGUUUUGUGAAGUUUUCUUCAUGCUUGCUGAAAAUAUAAAUUCAGACGCGUGACGCUCGUCGCUAUCUUUAUAAAGAGGUCAUGAGGCUUUGGUGGAUUCAUCAGAGCAUCCACCAGCAUUAAAGAUUGCAGAUAUUAUAGGAUAUGACAAGUUUUGAAAUAUUACGUACUAUUAAAGGUGCAUUAAGGAAUUUUUUGAACUUUAGAAAUAAUUAUUUUCCACCAUAAAUAUGCUACACAUUUAUGUGUACAAUGUGCCCUGACAUAUUCCCUAGAAAUACCUCUAACAGCGCUAAAUUGUCUCUUGAAAGUCACAGUGCCGGUUCGGCAC